GCCACGCCAUGUCGCUCCCCGCCCCCCUCCGCGUCGCCAUCCUCAGGCCCGGCUCGUCGGUCCAGUCGUCGAGCUCGGCAUCGUCGUCCGACGACAGCGACUACCACAGUCUCGCGUCGUCCGGCGACUACGCGCCUUCCUCCUCGUCUUCGACUGCGCCGACAUCCGUGGGCAGUCCCUCGUGCCUUUCCGAACCUGCCACUUCGCCCGUCGAGCGCAAGCCUCGCCACCGGACUUCCAGCGGGAACAACGAACACCUUGCCGUCCUCCUUCCGAAGCAUCUCUGGAAGCCGGACGCGCUCGCCACGCGAUGCGAGACAUUCACUUGUCAAGCACCCUUUUCCCUCUUCCAACGCCGUCAUCACUGCAGAAAGUGUGGCGGUGUGUUCUGCUCGGCUUGCACCACUCGCAGCACGCCCCUUUUGGACACCUCCAACCUUAACUUUAUGCACCCGCCCCGCAACAUCCCGAUAUCCGUGUUCGAGUCCCCGAUCUCGCCCAUCACCGUCAGCAGGGUCUGCGACGACUGUUACCAACAGAUCCACAACAUCCGGGUCCGCCCUGCCCCGCCGACAACAUCCGCCGAGGAUGUUCCGGCGCUGGCAAGGCCGCGCCCGUCCAUGCGCCGCUCCAUGACCAGCCCCGCCGUGCAAUUGCAGCGCGCGAACUCCCUGUCGCAUGUUCGCCCUAGUAUCACCAACGAGAAGAGCGCGAGCUACGGCGAGCUCGACGCGUACCCGCUGCGCAACUCGAGCGCGGUGUGCAAGGCCACUGGAGGCGGGCGGUGGACGCCGCGCCAGGUGACCAUCCCGAUCAACUCGCGCCUGAACGGGUGCAGGCUCGAGUACGAGCGGGAGCUCGCGCGCGAGGAGAGGGAGCGGAACCCCCCCAGGGCGAACCCUUUGCUCCGGGACGGAGAUUUCCAGCUGCGGGUGCCGUGCAGGUUCGAGCCGCGCAGCCCCCAAGGGCCGCCUCUGCUCCCGACCUUUUAGGUUUCGCGUCAAGGGUCGCCCUCGUUACUCUGGUCUGCUCGCUGUUUGCCGUCGCUGUGGGCCACGGACUCGUACAUCCCGAUAUAAUCGCGCAUUCUUGCAUAGACGCCCACCGCCAUGUGUGUAAUCAUCAUCGAUAUCCUCGUCGCUUGCUCGCUCGCUCUCUAUGCUCUGUGUUUGUCCCUUUCUUGGUUCCGGUUUCUUAUAAUGUGAAUAUGUUUAUUGCUACCGUAGUAUAUUCCCCCUGUGUGUUUUAUGAUACCAUUUCCGUAGUUUGCUUGUCUGUUACACUGUGUGUGUUGUGUUUUUAUUUUGGGGGUUGUAUGUAGAUUUUGAUGUAUGCGUAUGAUAGGCUUGGGCACGUAGAUAAUGUGAUAGACUGG